UUAAUCUGCCAGCGAAGAAGUGACUGAUCACGGGCUAUUCGAAUUAUCGCGAGAUCUCCCUCCCCACUCUGUUCGCGACCACGUCAAGGGAACCCUGAAGUUAGAAAUCAUGGCGGACCGCAGGAGACACAAGAAGCGAAUUCAGGAGGUCAGUGAACCUACCAAGGAGGAGAAGGCGGUGGCCAAGUACCUGCGCUUUAACUGUCCCACCAAAUCCACCAACAUGAUAGGGCAUCGAGUGGAUUACUUUGUCGCAUCUAAAGCAGUCGACUGUCUGCUGGAUUCAAAGUGGGCCAAAGCAAAGAAGGGGGAGGAAGCUUUGUUCACAACCAGAGAGUCGGUGGUGGACUACUGCAACAGGCUCCUAAAGAAGCAGUUUUUCCACCGAGCCCUGAAAGUGAUGAAGAAGAAGCCAGAGAAAGAUGUAAAGAAAGAGAAGGAAAAAGAGAAAGAGAAAGAAAAAGAGAAGGCUAAAAGUGACAGCGGCAAGGAAGAGGAGAAAAAGAGCAAAAAAGACAAAGACAAAAAGAAGGAUUCUGAGGUUGCAGACACAAAGAAGGAAAAAAAUGACGACAGUCCAGGAUCUCCAAAGAAGAAGAAGGAUGUGAAAAAGAAGUUCAAGCUGGAACCUCAUGAGGACCAACUGUUCUUGGAUGGCAGUGAGGUUUAUUUUUGGAUUUAUGAUCCAGUCCACUUUAAAACCUUUGCCAUGGGAUUGAUUCUAGUCAUUGCCGUCAUCGCAGCCACUCUGUUCCCCCUGUGGCCUGCCGAGAUGAGAGUCGGCGUGUAUUACCUGAGCGUGGCAGCAGGAUGCUUCGUCGCCAGCAUAUUACUUCUGGCUGUUGCUCGUUGCAUCUUGUUCCUGAUCAUCUGGCUGGUGACCGGCGGCCGUCAUCACUUCUGGUUCCUACCGAACUUGACAGCCGACGUGGGCUUUAUCGACUCUUUCCGGCCCCUCUACACACACGAGUACAAGGGUCCGCGCUCCAGCUCCAAGAAAUCCAACGGUGAGAAAUCGGACAAGGGCACGGAUUCCAGCAAAGCGCAGAAAUCAGAUAGCGAGGACAAAUCGGACAGCGAGAAGAAAGACGGCGAGGAGGAAGAGGAUGAAGACGAGAAUAAAGAAAUGGAGGAAGCGGGCGCAGAGCGUCAGUCAGACACAGACAGUGACAGACGAGAGGACGAAGGCUCGCAGCACAGCAACGGCAACGACUUUGAAAUGAUCACCAGAGAAGAGCUGGAGCAGCAUACGGAGGAGGAGGAGGACGACGACGAGGAGGAGGAGGAAGAUGACGAAGAAGCGCAAAGUGAGACAAAGCCCUUGACUGUUCAGACAUAAACGUUUUCCUCACGCCGCACACAUACUCCCAUGCUCCAUGUGGACCUGCUGACGUACUUCUGUCAUGUUCAGAAGAUGUUUCCCAUUUCUGUUCAGGCUGAGAUCUUCCUCUGUGAAAACAGACAGGCUUAAAGGUUAAACGAGAGCAGGAAACGGCUACGAUGACAAUGGAUAUAUCGCAAAUGCUUUCCCCACUAUGGAUACAACAAUGCAAGUCUCCCCGAACCCCAUGUUCCUCUAGUUCCUUGAUUUUUCUCUCUUUUUUCAUGUUACCUUAAUCUAAUGUCAAGCGUUUUGUUGUUUAAACAUGUCGGUAGUGUUAAGAAGGACUGAAUUGGUCAACUUUCACAAUGUUUUUUAACCCACAUAAUAUGAAUGUUUGCUCUCCAAUAUAGUCAGAUUCAAAUCUGAAGGGUUUUUUUUUUUUUUUUCGUUCUUUCUUUUUGUACCAAUAGAUACAUUGGAUAAUUUGGACGGACCAACAUAUUUUGUCUUAGAUACCUUAUAAGUGUUACUAUCUAUCGUUUUAGUCAUAAAUCUCAAUGGCACUUGACCUGUGAUUAUUUCUUUGUGGAACUCUGGGAGAUCUUGCUUGGUUUGGGACGAGAGAUGUAUUUUUGUGUACAUGACACAUUAUACAUUUCUGCAGUCACAUUUUGUGACCCUACUGAGAAAUACUCCUUGUUAACGGAAAUGGAGAAGUUAAUAAAUCAGAGCAGUAUCCUUGACUGUGGUAGGAAGUUAUUAAAAACCAAACUCAAUUUGAGUCUUAUGAGGACGUCUGCAUUCAGAAGGGGGAAACUACAUCCACAUUCGUGCCAAAUGAUGCGGGAUAUCGAUGCUUUUCUUUUUAAUGUACAUUCAAAUUAUGACCAACUUACAGAUCGAGUUCAAACGUGUCAUGCCGUAGCUCGUACAGUAUGUCCUCUAGAGCCAAUCACAUCCGUGCAUCAUAGCCUCUGGUUCUCCCGUCUGGUUUUCAAAGUCCGAGGUUGACAAAUCGUACUUCCCCAAGCGGCUGUGGUCCAAAAUAGUUAAGUUAGUUUGCAUUUUAACAGGGCCAAGGUCCAAUACUAUCUUUCCGUAGGGUUGCAUACUAUUGGCUAGAGUAUUAUUUUACAUUAGCUGUUUCUUUGACUCAUACUGAGGAUGAUAUUUAAGAGAAAAAAUACAAAUGUAUCAUUUAUAUAUGGAUUCUAUAAAUCUACCAGAGAUGUUCAUGCCAGCACUUCGGGUUCAGCAUGAACGGUACUCUAUUUUAUAAUGUCAGACAUACAGGUUUUUCAUUUCACUGCAUUUUGUACUAAUACUAAAGCCACCAAUGUUUUCAAUGCUGAAGACUUCAGAAAGAUUGUUUCGGGACAGUUUAUUGGAAUUAAAAUGGCAGAAAACAUCCUGUUAAUCUGUAAUGCGUUGACUCUAGUGGUUAUCAAAUGCGCACAAGACGAGAUGCUGCAAAGGUGUUUUUUUUCUAUAUUAAAAACCCUUGUUAAAAGCAUCCCUCAAAAUUCAUGAUCAUCUCAAGUUCACAAGGAGCAGGGAAAGCCCUCGUGCCUGAGUGAACGACUCUCUCUUCUUCUUCAAAUGUAUGAAUCUUUAACCACAUCUGUAAGUAGAUGAUCUUGUCAGUCAAACCCCCAGAGGGCUCACAUUAGUGUUCCUGUAGAAGUUUUCAAUAUUCUGUCAUUGACUUUGAAGACCUGGAUAGACUGGGCAUGACACCACAUGUGUAACUAAAGACAUUUCUUUUUACUUUCUAUGGAACUUCACUCACCUUUUUUUCUGUCCCUGUUGUCUUUAUGAGAGAGAAAGAUGCUGAUAUCCCUGAUGAUUUUUUUUUUUUUUUCCAAUUGGCAGGAAUUUUGAUUUGACAUUGGGUGUCUGUCAUGUAAAGAUGUAGGUAUAUCAUUUAUAAAAAAUUUACAAAAAAUUAAAAUCAUCUUUUUUAUGUGGUCAGCAUCUUCAACUAAUUGUCCGUAUUUGGAUCAAUGUUGAGGAUUGUCUUUUUGCAAUAUCUGGAGAAUAAUUUGUGUCUGUCAAAACUGUAUCUGUAUCCUUUCAUUGCAAUAAAAAUAUAGAACACAA